AUCGCUAACAAUAGCAGAAGAAAAUUGUCCCUCGAAUAAUAAUGAAGGUCUAUAAGCCAGAAGACGGUUUUGUUAUAGUUAUAGGAAUCUUUACUUUACUUGGAAUGUGGCCUGCUUCAAUUAAACUUCCAACAUUAAGAUCAAUCUACACAAUUUUUGGAUGCUGCUUUCAUAUAUUAUACAACAUAGCUCUUUUAUUGCCACAAAUUAUAAAUAUGUAUUUGACUCGUAAUAAUUUACACAAAUUAAUUGAUAGUUCAUUUUUUACAUUCACUUUUUUCAUUUAUAAUGUUAAAUUAAUUAAUAUUUUUGCAAAACGAAAAAAAAUAGAACAACUUUUUGAAAAAUUGAAAAAUCCAAUUUUUAUGACAAAUUGUUAUCAACAUUUGACAAUAAUGAAAAAAUGUGCAUAUAUUGCAAAAUUAAAUUCUAUAAUUUUUAUUACAAUGUGUUGGUGUUGCAUUGGCUUAUGGACUUUAAUUCCAAUGGUUGAUGUCAAACAGGAAAAUAUCUUCAUGUUUGAGGCAUGGUAUCCUUUCAAUGCUACAAUAAAACCAUAUUACGCCUACACAUAUGCUUUUCAAUCUGGUACAAUAUUUUUAACAGCCAGUGUCAAUACAAUGAUAGAUUCGUUAGUGACUUCUUUUUAUAUUACUAUGAUGGGACAAAUAGAUAUGUUGAAAAUAGAUUUUCGCGAAUUAGCUGAUAUUAUCAGUACAAAUUUCACUCAAGAGGAAGGCAAAUAUUUGCAAAAAAUAUCAACAAAUCAUUACAAUGAGAAAUUAUUAUUAAAUGAUUCAUUUUCCAGUGAUAAAUGUUGUGCUAUUAAAAUUUACAAGAAAAGAAUAGUUAAUUAUGUCAAUCGUCAUAGGGCAAUAUUGACUUUCAUUCAAGACGUGACAGAAAUUUUUCAAACAAGCAUAAUGGCACAACUUUUUGGAAGCUGCAUCGUAAUAUGUUUAACGAAUUUCGAAUUAUCUAUGGCAAGAUAUGCAUCCGACUACAAUAAAAUUCUAUGUUAUUGUACAAUAUCAAUUGUGUAUGUUAUUUCAAAUAUUUAUUUACACAUUCCGAGGAAAUGGUAUUACAGUAAAGUUUAUGAAUGUUCAUGGGCUUCGGUACCAGAUAAAGGAUUUAGACAAAUAUUAUGCAUACUUAUGACACGAUUACAAAAACCAGUCACAAUACGAAUUUGGAAUUUUUUUGUAUUGUCAAUCCAUACUUUUAUCAGCGUAAUCGAUAAAACAAUUUACUCAAAAACAAUGGAAGGUAUUUAUAAUCCAGAAGAUGCGUUUGUAAUGACUCUAGGAACAUUCACUUUAUUUGGCCUUUGGCCUUCAGCUGUGAGACAUCCCUUAUUAAGUAUUUUGUAUAAAAUUUAUGGAUUUGUUUAUCAGUCAUUGUACAUUAUGGCAUUGCUACCGUCGCAAUUGAUCAAUAUUUAUUUAAUGCGUGGAAAUUUACGAAACUUGGUAGAAAGUUCUUUUUUCACAUUAACAUGCGCUGGUUAUACCACAAAAUUAUUUUUAUUUCUCUUCCGUCGCAAGAAGAUAGAAGAAUUUUUAAAAAGAUUGCACAAUCCUAUUUUUGUGCCUCAACGAAAAGAACAUUUUCAUGUACUGAGAAUUUGGUCCAAUAUUGCCAGAGAUAAUUCAUUAGUUUAUCUUGCAUUAUGUUUGUUCACAUGUGUAUGGUGGAUAAUGUAUCCUUUUGUUGACAAAACACAGGAAGAGAGAGUAUUACUUUUUGCAGCAUGGUAUCCUUUUGAUACAUCGAAAAAUUCAAUUUACAUAUACACAUACAUUUUUCAAACAUUAUUAUUAUUGACAACAGCUUCUAUGGCGUCAAUGAUGGAUAUGUUGGUCACAAAUUUUUAUGUAUUAAUGGUGGGACAAAUUGAAAUUCUCAAACAGGAGUUUAAAUUAUUGAUCGAGGAAACUGAUUCUUUUUGUCAAUAUUCUCCAAAUAACGCUAUAAAAACAGUCGUUAAUAAGGAACAAAUAUGUGAAACUAAAAAUUUUACUCAUCAAGAACAAAAGACAUACAUUGGAAGUUCUGUUUCAAAAAAUGAUUUUGAUCAGAAAAUUUUAAAUUACCGUCUCAUUCGUUGUAUGAAACAUUAUGAUGCAAUUGUCAAUCUCGUUAAUGAUGUGACAAAUUUAUUUCAAAUUGGAAUUGCGGUACAAAUUUGUGCAAGUAGUAUUGUCAUAUGUGUAACAUGCUACGAAUUGACAUCAUUAUCACCAAAUACAUUGCAGUUUUAUGUUAUUUUACAAUAUCAAGUGUGUAUGUUGAUACAAAUUUUCAUUUACACCUGGCGAGGCAAUGAUAUUACAGUAAAGACCUCUGAGCUAAAAGAUGCAGUCUACGAAUGUUCAUGGACAUUAAUAACAGAUAAAAAAUUUCGAAAAUCUUUAUGCAUCAUCAUGACACGAUUACAAAAAGCCAUUAAACUACGAAUUGGAAAUUUCAUUCUACUAUCGGUUGAUACAUUUUUUAAUAUUAUACGAUCUUCAUAUUCAUUUUUUAUUCUUUUGAAACAAAUUCAUGUCACGGAAUGAAAACUAAAAAAGGAAAAAAUUUCACAAA